AUUAUUGUCGAAAAUUCACUGACUAUAUUUUCAGUGACAACUAAGAAUGCAUGGGAGAAGGCAGGAGAAUGGGGUUGAGAGGGAAAUAUAUAUCGGCCGCGAGUGAAUGGCGGAGGAGGCUCGAUGGCGCGAGUGGCCUAAUUCUGCUCCAAUGGCUUAACAACUUGUGAACUUUUAAUGCAACUUUCAGGACUCAACAUCAAAUUCUCCAACUUUAGAUAACGCCGUUUCUUUGUGUUGUUGCCAGAGUCGACAUUUCAUUUGUUUAAUCCAUCUUGCUGUCGCUGUGACAGUAACACGCACGACACAACCUCGGCAGCAUGAUACAUAGACGUCUGAUUUUAACUGCCCCUCUAACUGGUUAUCCAGUUUCCUUAUUUCCUUCAUCACCAGCUCCCACUUUCGUGGAACAAACUUUCUAUUUCUUUCCAAUUUCUGCUGAAACGCCGUCGCCACGAAACGUUCAUUGUUUCUCUUUCCACAUAUGCCAUCUGACAUCCUCCGUUCUUCCAGCAUUUCAUGUUUAUUUUUUCAAAUAUCCAGAAAAAACACUUUUAUUUUAGUUUAUAGACAAUAGACAAUAAACAAUGGGUGCGUGAGUAGGCCAUUCGGCCCUUCGAGCCAGCACCGCCAUUCAACGUGAUCAUGGCUGAUCAUCCCCAAUCAGUACCCCGUUCCUGCCUUCUCCCCAUAUCCCCUGACCCAACUAUCUUUAAGAGUCAUGUUUCCUCUCCCCUCUUGUGAAAUGCACAUUGGGUGUACAACCAUGUUAAAGAAUAGUCUUUGUUUAAACUGGCAACUUUCGCGGUCUAAAGACAACAUUGAAGUACACGUGUGUGCUCAAAAACAUCGUCAGCUUUGUUAUCCCUUGGAAUAGCGUGCCUACAGAGAAUUCCCCAAAUAUCAUACCAACGUUCGCCCCGUAACAAUCUUAAUAUUAAUCACACAAAAUAUGAUUAAACUCAAUUAUCCAGAGAGACACUGCCUCCAGCAUCCACAAAGUUUACUGAUUAUCAUCUCACUUCACACCUGUUUACCAAGAAGCAAUCUUCCUGCUAUCCCAAUGGGAUGGUUUGAGCUAUGGUCGGUUAAAGCGCACCUGGCGUGUUUACCAGCCAACAUAUAAAUAGACACCCAGCCGCAGAACCGUGUUAUACUUUCCAGUGGUGUUGAGAAACUGUUUUGACCUUAACAAUGCUUCCUCUUGCUAUUUGGACCUUGUCGUUCCUCUGCGCAAUCCAAGCGAUGACUCCAGCGACCGAAACAGCGUGCAAACUGCGAGAAAAGUUUAAUCCUGGCGUGUCUCAACGUGGAGAUGUCAUCCUGGGCGGUUUAUUCCCGUUACAUUUCAGAACGGCUCCUGUGUACAACACGUUUCGCAAUAAGCCUCAGCCAGUUCGCUGCCUUCAGUUCCGACACAGGGAGCUCCGCUGGGCGCACACCAUGAUCUUUGCAAUAGAGGAAAUAAACAGCAACGCUCAGCUCCUUCCCAACCUAACCCUGGGCUACCAGAUCUUUGACAGCUGCCAUACACACUCGGAAUCACUCAAAGGAGUCCUCAAAUUACUGAACAAGGAAGAUGGGCCUGAAUCAAGGUCCACGUGCGCUGAUCUCCCCUCGGUCUCCAUCGUGGUGGGAGACGCGGCAUCCUCAGAAUCAAUCGCCGCGUCCCGCCUGCUGGCUCCAUUCCACAUUGGCCUGAUCAGCUAUUCUUCUUCCUGCACCUGUCUGAGCGACAAAAGCGAGUUCCCAACCUUCUUGCGGACGGUCCCCAGUGACGCCGUGCAGAUCAAGGCGCUGGUGCGGCUGGUCGGGCGCUUCAAUUGGGCUUGGGUGGGGGUUGUGGCCGAGGACAGCGAGUAUGGCCGCUUCGCCAUAUUAUCGUUCCUUGAAGAAGUUUCAACAUUUGAAACAUGUAUCGCGUUUAUUGAAUUUAUCUCCGCAGCAAGCACUAGAUCAAAGUUGGUCCAAGUGACGGAGACCAUGAAAAAGUCAUCAGCUAAAGUGGUGAUCGUCUUUACGUUUGAAAGCGACACCGUGUCUUUGGUGAAAGAAAUGCGGCAGCAGAACAUCACAGACGUUCAGCUCAUCGCAAGCGAGGGCUGGAUCACGUCAGCCCAGCUGUGGACGGAAGAAACACGGGAAAUAUUUGCUGGGACUAUUGGGUUUGGGAUCAGGAGAGAGGACAUUCCUGGUCUGAGAGAGUUUCUCGUCCAAGUUCACCCGUCCUCCGCACCCAACAACCCGUUCGUGGAAGAACUGUGGCGAGAGGUUUUUGGCUGCAGCGUGCAAACUUCCAAUGGGACAGUGAAGGAGACCGCGGCCCGGUACCAACCGUGUACUGGUACCGAGAGCCUGGGGUCGGUUGAGAAUCCCUUUACCGAUGUGUCCCAGUUAACAAUUGCCUACAACGUGUACAAAGCGGUGUACGCCAUCGCCCACGCCCUUCACAACUUGCAAUCGUGUGAAAACGGAAGAGGGCCCUUCGCCAACACAACCUGCGGCCAAAAGACCAACAUUCUACCUUGGCAGCUUUUGCACUAUCUCAGGGAGGUGCAGUUCACCAAUCAGUUCGGAGAGCGAGUCAGCUUUGAUGAGAACGGAGAUCCCAUCGCUUCCUAUGACAUGAUAAAUUGGCAAAGGCGUCCUGAUGGCUCAGUUGACUUUGUGAAAGUUGGAUAUUACGAUGCCGCCCUCCCUGCGGGGGAAGAAUUCGUCGUGGAUGCAGAUGGAAUCGAGUGGCACGGAUCUCGACACAAUGUACCGGUGUCUGUCUGCACUGACUCCUGCGUUCCGGGUACAAGGAAGGGUGCUCGGCAAGGACAGCCCAUCUGCUGCUUCGAUUGCUUACCGUGUUCCGAGGGAGCGAUCAGCAAUCAGACAGAUUCCACGGAAUGCAUGAAAUGUCCGAUAGAUUACUGGUCCAAUGACCGAAGAGACGCUUGCGUUCCUAAACAGAUUGAGUUCCUGUCGUUUGGAGAGAGCAUGGGGGUGACUCUCACGGCUAUCUCCGUGUGUGGGGCCUGCGUCACGGGUGGGGUCGCGGCUGUCUUCUUGCGCUUCAUAAACACGCCCAUUGUCCGGGCCAACAACUCCGAGCUGAGCUUCCUGCUGUUAAUCUCCCUCAUGCUCUGCUUCCUUUGCUCAAUCGCCUUCAUCGGUCAGCCAACACCCUGGUCAUGUGCGAUGCGCCACACUGUCUUCGGGAUUAGUUUUGUCCUGUGCAUCUCCUGCAUCCUCAGUAAAACUCUAGUGGUCCUGAUGGCGUUCAAGGCCACCCUGCCGUCUAGCAACGUGAUGCGAUGGUUUGGACCGGCCCAACAAAGGUCAAUUGUCUUCAUCUCCACGCUGAUCCAAGUUAUAGUGUGCGCGGUCUGGUUAGCCACGUCCCCGCCAUUCCCCACUCAAAACACCCAGUAUCAAAACGCAAAGAUCAUUCUGGAGUGUGCGGUGGGUUCCACGCUCGCUUUCUGUUGUGCUUUCGGUUACAUCGGGCUGCUGGCGUGCAUAUGCCUGGUUUUAGCCUUUUUGGGCCGAGCCUUGCCGGACAAGUUCAACGAGGCCAAGUUCAUAACCUUCAGCAUGUUGAUCUUUUUCGCGGUCUGGCUGACCUUUGUCCCAGCCUAUGUCAGCACCCCUGGCAAGUAUACGGUGGCCGUGGAAAUCUUUGCCAUUUUAGCGUCGAGCUUCGGGCUGCUGAGUUGUAUCUUUAUUCCCAAAUGCUACAUUAUCUUAAUCAAACCGGAGGAAAACACGAAGAAACAGAUGAUGGGCAGGGCGGAGAGAUUGUAGAACGGUCCACACGUUCGCCCUCGCCCCUCACUCCCUAAACCCACCUCACAAGCUUCUCCAUUAUCACGAAGCAGCUCUGUCGGACUUGGGUUUGGCCGCAUUUGGAGUGUUGUGUGCAAGUUCUGAUCGCCCCCCAUUACAGGAUGUAAAGGCAUGGAAAGGGCGCAGAAGAGAAUUACCAGACGAUGCCUGGAUUAGGGGGAAUUAGCUACAGGGUGAGGUUGGACAGACUUGGAUAGUUUUCUGUGAAACGCGGACGGUUGCAGAAGAUCUGAUAAAAGUAUAUAAAAUCAUGAGAGGCAGAGAUUUUGUCGUUUUUAUGGAACGAAAUCUUAUGGAUUUUAUUUAUAAUCCUUGCUAUUGAUAAAAACAUGCUUCUUGUAUGCCGUUCUCUAUGUGUUUGUAGGGUAAUCACAUUAAACAUUCGUUUCACUCCAGUAAUUGCAAUACAUUAAUUUUAUUUUUGUUCAAAAGACAUAAACAUGUCUUCUGGCGCUUGGAUUCGUCAGCUGGAAUAGAUUUCCUCUGGCUUUGCAGGGACUCAGAGCCAUUCAAGUGUAAAGCAAGAGGAACCAGAUUCAGAGUCAUACAGCAGGGAAAGAGGCUCUUCAGCCCAACUUGCCCAUGCCCCAUCUACACUUGUCCCACCUGCCCGCAUUUAACCAUAUACACAUUCCUGUCCAAAUGUCUUUUCAAAUGUUGUUAUAGUACCGACCUCAAUUACCUCCUCUGGCAUCUCAUUCCAUAUAACCACUGCCCUCUGUGUGAAAAUAAUUGCUCCUCAGAUUCCUAUUAAAUCUUUCCCCUUGCACCUUAAAUCUAUGCCCUCUGAUUCUUGAUUCCCCUAUCCUGGGUAAAGGAUCAUGUGCAUUCACCCUAUCUAUUCCCCUCAUAAUCGUAUACACAAUCUAAUGUGUUUUAAGGUUCAUUUCUUAAAGACAGCCAACUCACAAUGGGUUAGGUAAACCAACACAAGCUUUACUGAUCAUCAGCCGGCGAGAGUGUCAGGGAUACAGAGUCAAAUAUGCAACAGACACUUAACUCUCCCUGUGCCACCACUCCAAUGAAUGAAGACAUACAGCAUCUUUUGUAGUAUUUUGGAAACAUAGUCACAUAUUUAUACAGAGUUGCAGCAAUGACGUUUAACACAAAUCAAUCACAGGCUGUACCCAUUCAAAAUAUACUUGUCACCAAUACAAUACUUGUCAUCUUGUGGUUAUAUUGAUUACAAACUGUUGAUCACAAAAUUUCCAAAUAGGAACUUAUUCAAAAGCCCAACAUUUGCAAUUCCAUCUUAACAAUGUAAGCAUCAAUAUCAGUAACAGCCAGAAGAUUUCUGUUUACAGAAACUACAGAGUCUCCAGGAAACACAUCCUCUCCCACCAUUGUCAAUCGUCUUUUGCUUGGGCAUAGCACUAUCAGAAC